CAACACUCGAUUCCACUUGCUCAGCGCGAUGCGAUCACACGUUCACACUCAUCUUUCAAGACCUGCCCUCCAGAGGCGCAUUGUCAUACCACUCUGUCAAACGAGAUCUUUCUUUAAAGCGAAGGCGCAGUUCAUAACUUAGAACGAGAAGGGAAUUCCAUCGUCGUCCGAAACCGAGAUACGAAUCGGUGAGCCGCACCAAGCUUCCAUCUAUAUCGAACCGAAGCUCGGAGACAUCAUCAAGUCUUCAGCCGUGCAGCAGACUGGGACGAAGAAUGCACAGCAUUUAAAGAAGCUUCCUAUGGUGUUCCAUCACGGAUUGCGCCAGUUUUCCCACACUACCGUAUCCUAUCCCCGAGUUGAGAUUGCUCGGGAUCUUCCCCGCCAUACCACGGGCGAUACGAGUCCAGCGACGCUCUGGACAUCCUUCAACUGGCAUGCUCUGACGCUUGACGGCUCUCCUGAGGAGGAAUUCGAAAAGUUUUCGCGGGAAUCAGGAGAGGACUGCAAAGAAUUAUUGGAAUCCCUGAGUCGGACGUAAAAGCCCACUUUUCUUCCAAGUGCAGCGAGUAUUCAAUGGGAUUCAGCUUGGAAGCGGUAAGGCUGUAUGCAGAAUUGGAGGCCCGGCAGCUGCUCAGCUAACAAAUGGCCGAACGCGAGGCAAGCGAAGGUUAUGAUACAUUCCUCGAUUCCGGGUUUCUUU